AUGUCGCGCUCGUUGCAUAAAGCCGUGACCCUCACUGAGAGGCAUGAACAAUGGAUUCUUCGACAUGGCCGCUCUUAUGAGAACGAUGCAGAAAAGAAAAAACGAUUUAAGAUUUUCAAGGAUAACGUAAAUUUUAUUGAGCGGUUCAAUAAAGGAGAGAACCGUACGUACAAGAUGAGCAUAAACAAAUUCGCAGACAUGACGCGGGAAGAAUUUCUCAAAAAAUUCACUGGAUGGAAGAUGCCUGAUCACCGCUCAAUAAAUCUUGAAUCUGAUGUAAAAAUGAGUUUCAGGUAUGAAAAUGUGGAUGAUGCUCCACCUUACAUGGACUGGAGAGAGAGAGGUGCUGUCACCCCAAUAAAGCAUCAACAUUAUUGUGGAUCUUGUUGGGCAUUCUCAGCAGCUGCAGCCGUGGAAGGAAUAACACAAAUCAGAACCGGCAAAUUGCUCUCACUAUCAGAGCAAGAAAUUUUAGAUUGCGCCGUCUAUGGAAAUAAUGGCUGCCGAGGCGGUUUCGUGGAAAACGCCUUUUCGUUCAUCAUACAAAGCAACGGCAUAACAAGUGAGGCAAAUUACCCGUAUCAAGGAUAUAUGAAUUACUGUCGAGCUCGUUCCUAUCCGGCUUUUGCUUCCAUCACUGGCUAUGAAAAUGUGCCUGCGAGUAACGAGCGGGCGUUGCUGCAGGCGGUGUCCAGACAACCAGUCUCCGCGAUCAUCGACGCAGACAUGAUCGAGUUCUACGCGGGGGGUGUCAUAGCCUACAACUGCGGGACCGCGCUCAAUCACGCCAUACUUAUCGUCGGGUAUGGCACCACUCAAGAUGGAAUUGACUAUUGGUUGGUGAAGAAUUCGUGGGGCGUCGACUGGGGCGAGCAAGGGUACUUCAGGGUUCUCCGAAACAGUGGCUUCGAAGGCGGUGUUUGUGGCAUUGCCAUGCGGCCUGCAUAUCCAACAAUCGACUAG